GUGCUGGGCAGCAGCGGUGCGGACUGGGAGCGGCAGCGGCAGAGCGGGGCCGCAGAGGCAGUGCCGAAGCCGGGGAGCAGGGCUGGGCCCUCCGUCCCCCCAACUGCAAGUUCUGCAGAGGAGGCAGAAUGGACGCCCUGGAGGAGAAGGAGGAAGAUGAACAAACAGUGGAAGAAAAGCUGGGGAGUUUGGCAGUCAGUGACGACCUCCAGGAUGUGGAGACAAAGGUGCCUGUGGAGCAAGACUGUGUCCCAAAGCACUCUGUCGACGUGUCCCAGUUACCGUCCUCGUAUAAGACCAAUUCACCCAAGGAAAAGCAGCUGCUGCACAUCGCUGACCAUUUCCUCCAGCAGUAUAUUCACCUCUGCCCUAACCGCAAGCCGCUCUUCCUCCACCCAGUCAACGAGUGUGGAGUGGAGAAGUUUGUGAGCACAACGGUGAGGCCAACCCUGCUGCCUUAUACGGAGCUGUAUGACUGGGAUGGCUGUGCCAGCUUCGUCUCAGAUUACCUCGUCAUGGAGCCCCUCGAGUGCCCUAUCACUCUGCCCAGUUCACUUUAUUCCCCAACCACCACCCUGAAACACCAGCGAGGGAACUGCUUUGACUUCAGUGUGCUGCUGUGCUCCAUGCUGAUUGGGGCCGGGUAUGAUGCCUACUGCGUGCAGGGCUAUGCCAUCCUUGAGAUAUGCACCCUGGAUGAGACGCAGGAGCUGUGCCCACUGCUCAGGAAGCCGCCGGAGGAAGCAGGAAAGCCAAAGCAUGAACCUUUGCAUGGCUUGCGGGUGCAUGCAUGGGUUUUGGUUCUGUCUGGGAAGAGGCAGGUUCCUGAGACCUUCUUCAUCAACCCCUUCACGGGAAACAGGCAUAACACCACAGAUAAACGCUUCCUUGGGAUUGAGAGCGUCUGGAACCACAGGAACUACUGGGUGAAUAUGCAGGACUGCAGGCACGGCUGCAAGGAUCUCAUCUUUGACUUGCGUGACGCUACCUGCUGGGAAAUCAUGCUUUCAGAGAGCAACCAUCUUCAGCUGCUCCCUAAGGAGAAAGAAGAGUUAUUUGACAGUGACACAGUGAGAGAGAAGAGAAUGAGUUUUGACAUGCCACCAUCGUGGGUAGUCCCAAUUCGGAUAUCUCCCAGACAGUUUGAGAUGCGCUAUUACCAGGGGAAGAAGACGACUCUGUACAGCAAAGCAAAACUGAAGAAAUGGGCACCAUACCUGAAUGGCAAUGGGCUGGUGCAGCGCCUCACCAUCUAUGCAGGGCCAGACUAUACUGAUGCAGUGGAGGUGAGAGAGUGGUUUGAAAACCGAGAAGACAUCCUGGUUAGGAGAGAAGUGAAUAAACAAACACAGCUGACCACAGACUACUUCAGCAAGGGACAUUCUCUCUGUCUUAAAGCUCACACCUAUAAGUUGCUGGAGCCCAAGACUGGACAUACAAUGGAGUUUUACAGUGAGGCACGAGUUGAUGGCCUCCAGAAGCGUGUUGAAACCGCUACUGAGAUGACAGAGUACUUCAUGGGACGGGAUGACUUUCUUUAUCUCCGGCAUGUUGACUUUGGCAAGCAAGGAGAGGAAACACAGAGAACUGACAUGAACUCCAAGCCUAUCAUGCAAAUCAAGGAGUGUUUUCACAGAAACCCAGAAAAGCCUGCUGAUGAAGAUGUCGCAGAAUGUAUCUUUCUGAUCACAGAGGAGGACAUCCAUCUGACAUACCACCUCAAAGAUAAAUACAUUACUGCCUCAAAGAAGCUUUUCCACAAACUGCCAGAGAGGGCUAGUGAAGAACAUGAAGUCUUCAUGAGCCUAGAAGCAUGCACCACAUACCAGGCAGGGUCCUUUGAGAAAGGCAAGAGUUUGUUCCAUCUGUACAACUUGUUGAAGGAGCUGACAGCAAAAGAGAAGUGGGUGAAAGAAGAAGUCCGGCAAUCUGAAGCAGAGGUGUUAACUAUUUUGAAGAUCCGUCAGACUGAAGAAGCCAAUAUUAAAUUAUCAGUUCCAAUUUAUAAUAGAGAGAGGAACAAAGAAAGAAGACGACAGCAGGAAGCCAUGGAGAGCACCGUGAAAGAUGAGCUCCUUGGGCAGAAGAAACAGGACCUGCAUUACCUAGCACCUUUCCUUAUUCGCAAUGGCUGCACAGAUAAGCUGAACAAGGUGCAAGCCCUGCGUGCCAGAGAUGACUGCCUGACUGAUUUUAAGCAUCAUCUCACUUACAGAAUCAACCUCAUCCAGGCUCACCUUGAAAAGGCGGUGGAGGAGCUGCAAAAGAGACACCUGUGGUUUCAGGAAAACAAGAACCAGCUCAGCACGAAGGAGAAGGAUGACUACCUCUCUAGUUGCUCUGAAUCCAUGUUCCAUAUCAACGUUCUAGAGCAGAGGCUCAACAGAGAAAAGCAGAUGGCACCACAGAAAUACCUUGCUCUAAAAGAUAAGUUGUGCAUGGAUCCUCACCUAGCAGAGCACCUCGGUUACAUCUGAUUUCCUUAUUCCUUCACACAUCAGACACUGGGAAUCCGUGUAGAAGCCUGAGAGGAGCAGCCUGGAAAAACAGUGUGGAAAGGUCUUCCUACAUGGCAGUAGUAAAUCUUUUGUUAUUAUCAGAUUGUUGGAGAUUUUAAUAAACUUGUUGCAUUCCCCUA